CACUCACACCAUUGCUUGACUGCUUUUGCCUUUGCCCUCUUCGGCUACCCAAGAGAAAUUUAUCAUCAUGGAUCAAGGACAAAACAAGGAUAUAGUUUUGGCUCUUCCAGCAAACCCCAAAGCUCAUUCGUCCAAGAAAAGGAAAAUUAAUCCUAAAACAACUGCACUGGAUCAAGGACAAAACAAAGAAAUUGUUUUGGCACUUCCAGCAAAAUCCACAGCUAAUUCAUUCACCACAAGGGGGUAUGUUGUUAAAAUGAAGGAGAAAACCCCAGAAUUGAGUACCCCAUCCGCUCCAGUAUCAACCAAUGAGGCAAAUCCUAUUGAUGAGCAGCAAACUACUCCAAUAGAGAAACCUUCAGCCGCUAUGUGAAACUGGGAGCUCUCUGCCAAUCUUCACAAUCUCUGAAGAAA